AUGAGAACGGGUCCAGAUCACAACACCACCGAAAGUGAUGAAUUCAUUGCUCGUGCUUUGGCCGAGCAAGAAGCCGAAGAACACGAACGAGCUGAAGCCUUGAGACGGAGGCAGUCAAACAACAAUACCAAUACUACUGUUCUACAAUAUCCGGGAGAUCGUCUGCGGCAACAGCAGCAACAGCAGCAGCCGUAUCAAUCGUAUGCGCCACAACGAGGAUAUCCAUCUGGAGGACAUAACUAUCAAGCACCACCACCACAACCACCGACCUACGCUCAACCGCCACCUGCCUACAGUGCGCCUCCUACAUUGCAACAUGCUCCACAACAGCAACCACCACCGCCACCUCUUGCAUUUGGUGGAAUGUCGAGACAACGCACUCCCAUGUGUCACAUUCCCUGUGUCGUCGGACCAAACUCCGUCUGUGUGGAAAUGAUGGUGGAUACAGGUGCCGAGAGCUCGGUCAUUUCCGAACAGCUGGCCAAAGAACUUGGAUUGCAAAUUGAUCGACGCGCCCAAGGGAUUGCGGCCGGUGUCGGCCAAGCCCGGAUUGUGGGACAAGUCCGAGAUGCCGUCGUGACCUUGGGUCACGUGGAAUUUCUCAUGGAAUUCAUGGUCCUCCAAGUGCCCACACGGCGUCUCUUACUCUUGGGAUUGGAUCAAAUGCGAAAGUACAAGUGCAUUGUCAAUUUGGAAAAGGAUGUUUUGAUCUUUGGAGGAGGUGGAGGUGUGGAAGUGUCCAUGUUGCCACCAGAUCCUCAAAGGCAUUUGAUGGUGCCGGGUGUGGGUGGAGGUUGUAACAUAUCCUAA